AUGGCACUCCUCAAUGCGGCCCCCCAGGCUGACGAAUCGCCCGAAGAGGCCCAGCUGGUGCACAAGCCCGCGCAAAGAAGCACUCUAGCCGACAACACACCGACCGGCCAUGCACAGAAGGAGGCGUUUGACGCAUCCACGUUCCGACAGCAACACCAAGAUUUCAAAAGCACGGGAGUGGCGUUAGAUCCAUCCAUCGCCACCCAGGGCCAGCUUGUACACAACCAGAAUGUCGGUGGAGACAAUACACAGAACAACCGGCCGUUAAAACGCCACAAAAAGGGAGAGGUGGGUGUCUUGGAAGGCAAGAAGGCAUACAAGGGACCAUGGGCAGCAUAUGACGACGAAGAAAGCACUAGUGAGGAGGAAGAGGAGGACGACAGCGUGAAUGACGUUGAGGACAACACCAAUGUUGUCAUUGCAGAUGCCGAGACUGAGCCUGAAACCGUCAAGGAGAGCUCUAUUCUACAUGUCAAGGGCAAAGACUACCUGGGACGAUCUUUCAUGCACAUUCCCCAAGAUUUGGGUAUCAAGCUGACACGUGAUCCUGGGGAGAGCGAGUGGCAUGUUCCUACCCGAAAGGCCCAUACGUAUACUGGUCACACUGGUGGUGUGAACGCACUACGUUUGUUCCCCAAGGCUGGUCAUCUGCUGUUGUCUUGUGGUAACGACUCUAAAAUCAAGCUAUGGGACGUUUACCACAAGCGCGAGCUCAUCCGCACAUACUCUGGACACUCGCGUGCUGUUAAAGACAUAUCUUUUAACAAUGAUGGUACGAGGUUCCUGUCUGCAUCAUACGACAAGAGUGUCAAGUUAUGGGAUACAGAAUCAGGGGAGUGUCUGGCUCAGUUCUCCACGGGCAAGAUCCCCAACGCGGUCAAGUUCAACCCCAACAACAACAAUGAGUUUCUUGCUGCCAUGGCUGACCGUAAGAUCAUCCAUUGGGACAUCACAACGAAGGAGACUAUCCAGACGUAUGACCAUCAUCUGGGACCUGUGAACACAAUCACAUUUGUGGACGAGAACCGGAGAUUCAUGACCACAUCAGACGACAAGACGGUGCGAGUCUGGGAUCUCCAAAUUAACGUCCCCAUCAAAUAUAUUGCUGACCCUGCUCAGCACUCUAUGCCUUCUGUACAGAUUCAUCCCUCUGGCAACCACGUGGCUGCUCAGAGUAUGGACAACCAGAUUGUGGUGUUUGCUGCCAAGGACCGGUUCAGACAGAACCGAAAGAAGACCUUCACAGGUGCAUCUUCAGCAGGAUAUGCCAUUGAGGUCAACUUCUCGGCGGACGGCAAAUACCUCAUGUCUGGAGACACAGGUGGAAAUGCCUAUUUCUGGGACUGGAAGACUUGUAAGCUCAAGAGUAGCUUCAAGGCCCACGAUAGUGCCCUUCGGUGCAUUGCUGCCCACCCCCAGGAGAGCAGCAAACUGGUUACUGCAGGUAGAGGCAGUGAGAUCAAGCUAUGGGAGUAG